AGAAGAAAAAACUUGAGAAGUCGUAACUAGAAAAAGUAGAGAAAAUGCAAAAGACGCAAAUAUUGGUGGUAGCUGUAGUGUUAGCCGGAGUAAGCUUGGUAGUUUCAGACGACGACGUGAAACCCUUGGAUUUCUACAAAUACAGUCUGCAAUGGGGACCAUCUGCUUGUUUAUAUCCUCCUCCGGGAAAGAAGUGUGAAGGGAGACCCGAAGUGAGGUUUACCAUCCAUGGUUUAUGGCCACAAUAUAAUAAGGAUACGCCGGUGCCUCCGUACUGUGAUGAUCUUACAUGCACCAACACCAAACCUACUUCAGCAAAUGAAGUUGUGGAAAUGUUGAAGAAGAGCACAUCGCAAAAAAAAUUAUCGAGUGAUUGGCCAAAUCUUUAUGCAAGGCAAGGAAGAAAAGAAGAGGAUAAUUUGGAAUUUUGGAAAUACGAAUGGAAACAACAUGGAAUGUGUUCGGAUUACCCCAACAAGCCUUCUGACUAUUUCAGUGUUCCCUUGAACCUCCUAAAACGAUUCGAGAAUUUAAAAAAAGAUUUGGGAUUUGAACGUGGUAGCGAAGUGGGCGACAUUCUGAAAAAUCUGCAGCGCAAAGACUAUAAACAGCCUCAAAUUGUAUGUAACAUUAAAAGUCAGCUGCUGGAGAUUCGUUUCUGUUAUAAAGAAAACAAACCUUUCGAUUGCCCCAAUUGGGUGGGGAGUAAAACUUGCAAUACCCCAACUGCUAACAUCUUUUUACCCGAUGGUGCUGGAUGGACGGAUGCUGUGAAUUACAAUUUCAGUAAUAAUGGUGGUAAUUACAUAAAACUAGUUUAGUUUUUAAUUAUCUACCAUUAAGUUUAUCCCUAAUAUAUAUAUUAACUAUAUGAAUAAUGCCAACAAGCUAUUUGUUGGAUGGCUAUAAUUUAUAUGAUGGCACUAGAGUCGAGGUUGGGUCUUUUUCCUUUGAAUGUAAUGUGAUGUAUAAAUAAUUAUGAAUCUGUUUAUGUGCAGAUUCAAAUCUCUAAUGUCCAGAUUGAACAUAUAUCAAUAAAUCUUUAAUUUAUAUCUUAAUAA